AUGAUAAAAGAAGUUCGUUGUCGAACAUUUUCACAUUGGCCUUAUCAGAAUGUACUAUCUCGAACACAAAUGAUUUCGUCUGGAUUUUUUUAUUGUAAUGUUGGUGAUCGUGUCAUUUGUUUGUAUUGUAAUUUAAUUUGUCAACAAUGGACACCACAUACUGAUAAUCCAGAAGAAGUCCAUCAAACUCUUUCACCUCUAUGUCCAUAUGUUUUAUUUCUUUUAAAAACUCGUCAGACAUCAAGUGCAUCAAUUCUUAACGAUAGCUCGAAUAAUCAAGCAGUCAUAUGUAAUCUAUUGCGAUUUAAUGAAAUAGUUCAAGCAUCAGCAUUUCAUAGGGCCUAUGUUGAAAUUUCGAGGCGUCAAGCAUCAUUUAAUUCUUGGCCUCAAGAAGAAUUACCUUCUGUAGAUGAUCUUGUCCGAGCAGGAUUUUUUUAUACUGGCUCAAAGACAAUUGUUAUCUGUUUUUAUUGUAAUGGAUCACUUCAAAACUGGGGUCCAAAAGAUAAUCCAUUGAUUGAACAUGUACGUUGGUUUCCACUUUGUGCCUAUGCUAAACAAUUAUGUGAUGAUGAACUUUAUCGAAAAGUUCAAGAAUCAAAACGAAUUCAUCAAGAAAAUGAUUUUGCUACUGAUUCUGAUUUAUUAAUUGCUUGUAUUAUUCUUCAAAAACAAAUUGAUCAUAUCAAUGGUCGUAAAGAAAACAUUAUUAUACCGAGUAUCAAGAUGAAAAUGAUUCGUAAGAAAGAACAAUCUGGUUCAUCAUUGUCCAUGCUAUCAUUGAACGAAUCAUUUUCAUCAAACUCAUCGAAUAUCAAUAAUAUAAUUGAAUCAAAAUCAACAAUUGCAACGACCGACAAUCAAUCAAAAACAGAAACAAAAACUAGUUCGACCACGGAUAUAGCGUCGUCGAAUUUGUGUAUACUUUGUUUGACAGAGGAUAAACGUCUUGCAUGUAUGCCAUGUGGACAUUUGGCAACUUGUGUUCCAUGUGGUCAUUCACUUCGAACAUGUCCAGUUUGUCGAAGAGAAAUAGAGGCUUUUGUACGCAUCUACAUUUGA